GUUUCCAAAUUCCUGGUCCAUCGACAAGUCGCCCAGUGCCGAGAUAUCGACCAACACCGCCGCCAUGUCUGAGAAGGCCCAGAACCCGAUGCGGGAGCUCCGCAUCCAGAAGCUCGUCCUGAACAUCUCGGUCGGCGAGUCUGGUGACAGACUGACCCGUGCUGCCAAGGUGCUGGAGCAGCUGUCUGGUCAGACCCCGGUCUACAGCAAGGCCCGGUACACGGUCCGCACGUUCGGCAUCCGCCGUAACGAGAAGAUCGCCGUGCACGUCACGGUGCGCGGCCCCAAGGCCGAGGAGAUCCUCGAGCGCGGGCUCAAGGUCAAGGAGUACGAGCUGCGCCGGCGCAACUUCAGCGAGACGGGCAACUUCGGCUUCGGCAUCAGCGAGCACAUCGACCUCGGCAUCAAGUACGACCCGGGCAUCGGCAUCUACGGCAUGGACUUCUACUGCUGCAUGACCCGGCCCGGCGAGCGCGUCGCCCGCCGCCGCCGCUGCAAGAGCAGAAUCGGCGCCAGCCACCGCAUCACCCGCGAGGACACCAUCAAGUGGUUCAAGCAGCGCUUCGACGCCAUUGUCCGCUAAAUCGUGGGCUGGUUGGCGGUGUGGGCGAGUGGACAGAGGAAUUAAAAAACGGCAUUUUAGGGAGUGGGGAGUUUUAGGCUCUGGCACAAUCGGGACCUCUGGGGCGGACAUGCAUCCGCUGGUUCAUGCGAAUUGGGAUCGUUGGCUUGUAUCUGGGCAUGUGUGUAAUGCAGCAGCCUCCUAUACCUGAGCGAGUCGUCUUCGCUCUCCAAUCGUGCUCGAUCUGAGGAUUUCAGUCGAGCCGCGGCCUCAGAGACCGACCGGCGCCCAUGCCGGCUUAACCAAUCCCUAGAUUCCCG